CCUUUGACCUACUUUCUCUCACGUCCUCGUGCAUUAUGAGAAAUAACAGAAUCGUCCACCGUUUGUGCACGAGCGCCAUAAUAUGAGCAUCAUAACGCGACACAGUGUAACACACGCGCAUUUCCUGUCCCUGUUCCUUCAGCGUAAACCUGGAGAAAGAGAGGACUCGGGAUCCGGUCGAGACUCGUCGGGGGACACGAUUUAGACCCGAUUCACCGACAAAAACCUGCGCCAUUGACCCGGGAAACAGAUGAAUUUAACGACGUCACGGAGGAUUUUUACUCUAAUCUGAGACUGAGUCGCGUCGUGUGCAGCAGUCUCUCGGGGGCAUGGCCUUGUCGUUUUGUGGUAACGAUGGGAAAACUGCGUACAACGUGGACAACGGUACGCUGAACAACGGCUGCUUCGUGGACGCGCUCAACCUGGUCCCUCACGUCUUCCUGCUCUUCAUCACCUUCCCCAUCCUCUUCAUCGGUUGGGGAAGUCAGAGCUCGAAGGUCCAGAUUCAUCAUAACACAUGGCUUCAUUUCCCCGGACACAACAUGAGGUGGAUCCUCACCUUCUCGCUGCUCUUCGUCCAUGUGUGCGAGUUCGCAGAAGGAAUCGUCUCCAACAAGAUGAUGACGACGGAUCACCUGCACCUCUACAUGCCUGCGUUCAUGGGCUUCGUAGCAGCGACGACAUCAGUGGUUUAUUAUCACAACAUCGAGACGUCCAACUUUCCCAAACUGCUGCUCGUCCUCUUCAUCUACUGGAUUCUGGCCUUCAUCACAAAGUCCAUCAAACUGUGGAAAUAUGCCGAGUACAAAGUGGGUCCUGAGCAGCUGAGGUUCUGUAUCACAGCUCUGCUGGUGAUUCUGUACGGGUUACUGAUGGCUGUGGAGGUCAACGUCAUCCGAAUCAGAAAAUACGUAUUCUUUGCAAAUCCUCAGAAGGUGAAGCCGCCGGAGGAUUUGCAGGAUUUGGGCGUUCGUUUUCUGCAGCCGUUUGUCAACCUGCUCUCCAAGGCGACGUACUGGUGGAUGAAUCCUCUCAUCAUGGGAGCUCACAAACGUCCGAUCGAGCUGAAGAAGAUCGGAAAACUGCCCAUCGCCAUGAGAGCGCUCACCAACUACUUGCGGCUCAAAGACGCCUACGAGGACCAGAGGACGGCCGAGGACCCGAAUCGAUCGCCGUCAAUCUGGCGCUCCAUGUACCGGGCGUUCGGACGUCCCAUCCUCCUCAGCAGCACCUUCCGUUACCUAGCCGACCUGCUGGGAUUCGCCGGGCCGCUCUGCAUCUCCGGCAUUGUCAAGUACCUGAAGGAAGACGAUACCGGGGCCACGUCAGACGACAUGGAGACCUACUUUGGCGUCCACUUCAUGUCGUCCUCUAAGCUGCUGCAGAACACCUCGGUCCUGGCUGUUCUUCUCUUCCUGGCUCUGAUCCUGCAGCGGACGUUCCUGCAGGCGUCCUACUACGUUACCAUAGAGACGGGCAUCAACAUGCGAGGAGCGCUACUGGCGAUGAUUUACAACAAGAUCCUGCGUCUGUCCACGUCCAACAUGUCCAUGGGGGAGAUGACGCUGGGCCAGAUCAACAACCUGGUCGCCAUAGAAACCAACCAGCUCAUGUGGUUCCUCUUCCUGUGUCCGAACCUGUGGGCCAUGCCAGUGCAGAUCGUGAUGGGCGUCAUCCUCCUCUACUACCUGUUGGGUAUUAGCGCUCUGGUGGGAGCGGCCGUCAUCGUGCUGCUGGCUCCGCUCCAGUAUCUCAUCGCCACCAAACUGGCCGACACACAGAAAAGCACGCUGGAACAUUCCACAGACCGUCUGAAGAAGACCUCAGAGAUCCUGAAGGGCAUCAAGCUGCUGAAGCUUUACGCCUGGGAGAACAUCUUCUGUGACAGCGUGGAGGAGACCAGAGGGAAGGAGCUCACCUGCCUCAAGACCUUCGCCUUCUACACGUCCAUGUCCAUUUUCAUGAACGCUGCGAUCCCCAUCGCUGCAGUUCUGGCGACGUUUGCUGUUCAUCACCUCAUCGAUAAAACGGGUCCCAGUCCGUCUGAGGCCUUCGCCGCCCUGGCUCUGUUCCACAUCCUGGUCACGCCGCUCUUCCUGCUCUCCACCGUCGUCAGGUUUGCUGUGAAGGCUCUGGUCAGUGUCCAGAAGCUCGGAGAGUUUCUCCAAAGUGAUGAAAUCGGAGACGACUGCUGGAGAAACGGAGACUUGUCCAUGUCGAUGGAAGCGGGAAAGAAACACUUUGGACCGACCAAAGCCAUCAACAGGAAACAUCCCGUGCGUUACCAGAUGGAUAACUACGAGCAGCCGACCCGGAGACUGAUGAGGCCGUCGGAGACGGAGGAUGUGGCCGUGAAGGUGAGCAACGGAUUCUUCACCUGGGGAAAUAACUUGUCCACGCUGUCGGACAUCAACAUCCGAAUCCCGACAGGUCAGCUGACCAUGAUCGUGGGACAGGUGGGUUGUGGGAAAUCGUCCCUGCUGCUCGCCAUGUUGGGCGAGAUGCAGACGUUUCAAGGACAAGUUUACUGGAGCAAUAAGAACAGAUACUCGGUGGCGUACGCCACUCAGAAGUCGUGGCUGCUCAACGCCACCGUGGAGGAGAACAUCACCUUCGGGAGUGCGUUCAACAAGCAGAGGUACAAAGCGGUGAUCGACGCGUGCUCUCUGCAGCCCGACAUCGACCUGCUGCCUUUCAGAGACCAGACUGAGAUCGGAGAGAGAGGCAUUAACCUGAGCGGCGGACAGAGGCAGAGGAUCUGUGUGGCCAGAGCUCUUUACCAGAACACAAACAUCGUCUUCUUGGACGACCCGUUCUCGGCGUUGGACAUCCACCUCAGCGAUCACCUGAUGCAGGAAGGAAUCCUCAAGUUCCUGCAGGACGAUAAACGGACCGUGGUCCUGGUCACGCACAAACUGCAGUACCUCAUCCAUGCAGACUGGAUCAUAGCGAUGAAGGACGGCUCUAUCCUGAGGGAGGGAACCCUGAAGGACAUUCAGACUCACGAUGUUGAGCUUUACGAUCACUGGAAGACGCUGAUGAACAGACAGGACCAGGAGCUGGAGAAGGACAUCGAGCAGGAGAGUCAAACAAUGCUGGAGAGGAAAACACUGAGGAGAGCAUUUUACUCCAGAGAGGCCAAGAAUGAUGAUGAAGAUGAAGAGGAAGAAGAGGAGGAAGAAGACGACGACAAUUUCUCUACGAUGACAAACAGGCGAUCAAAAAUUCCAUGGAGGGUGUGCUGGUGUUACUUGUCGUCUGGUGGCUUCUUCAUGGUCUUCCUCAUGGUCGUCUGUAAACUCCUCAAACACUCGGUCAUCGUUGCCAUAGAUUACUGGUUGGCCAUUUGGACGUCGUGUAAAACCAACAACAGCUCGUCCAACGCGACCAGACCGGACUGUCGCAUGGGGUCAGAGUACGAGCCUUACUACCUGCCCGUGUUCAUCGUCCUGUGUGCAGCUGGAAUCACUCUGUGUCUCGUCACCUCCCUCACUGUGGAGUUUCUGGGUCUUUCUACAGCAACGAACCUGCACCACAACCUGCUCAACAAGAUCAUCCACGCUCCCAUCAGGUUCUUCGACAUCACUCCUCUGGGUCAGAUCCUCAACAGAUUCUCAGCUGAUACCAACAUCAUUGACCAGCACAUUCCUUCGACACUGGAGUCGUUGACGAGGUCCACGUUGCUGUGUCUGUCGGCCAUCGGCGUCAUAUCCUCCAUCACGCCGGUGUUUCUGGUCGCACUGGUUCCCCUCGCCAUCGCCUUCUACUUCAUACAGAAGUAUUUCCGGGUCGCCUCCAAGGAUCUCCAGGACCUCGAUGACUCCACUCAACUUCCUCUGCUGUGUCACUUCUCUGAGACGGCAGAAGGUCUCACCACGAUACGAGCGUUCAGACACGAGGCUCGUUUUAAGCAGCGCAUGCUGGAGCUGACGGACACCAACAACACGGCCUACCUGUUCCUCUCUGCUGCCAACCGCUGGCUGGAGGUCAGAACGGAUUAUCUCGGAGCAGUGAUCGUGCUGACGGCAGCGGGAGCCUCCAUAUGGAGUUUACAUUAUGGUCUGCCCUACAGUGGCCUGGUGGGCCUCGGACUCACGUACGCCCUCACUGUCACCAACUACCUGAACUGGGUUGUCAGGAACUUGGCCGACCUGGAGGUCCAGAUGUCGGCCGUGAAGAAGGUCAACAGUUUCCUCAGCACAGAGUCGGAGAACUACGAGGGGUCGAUAGACGCCUCUCAGGUGCCUGAGAAUUGGCCAAAGAACGGUGAGAUAAAGAUCCAGGACCUGUGCGUGCGCUACGACCCCAUGCUCAAACCGGUGCUCAAACACGUCAACGCUUCCAUCAAACCAGGCCAGAAGGUGGGAAUCUGCGGCCGCACGGGCAGCGGGAAGUCCUCGCUGUCGCUGGCCUUUUUCAACAUGGUGGACAUUUACGAGGGUGAGUCUCACUGUCAACACACUGAUGUGUGUGUGUGUGUGUGUGAUGAUGUGCUGUCUCGACUCUCCAUCAUCCUCCAGGAUCCUGUGCUGUUCAGUGGAUCAAUAAGGUUCAAUCUGGAUCCAGAGAGAACGUGCACCGACGAUCGCCUGUGGGAGGCGCUAGAGAUCGCUCAGCUGAAGAACAUGGUGAAGGCUCUGCCUGGAGGGUUAGAUGCCAUGGUGACAGAAGGUGGUGAGAACUUCAGUGUGGGUCAGAGACAGCUCUUCUGUUUGGCUCGAGCCUUCGUCAGAAAGAGCAGCAUCCUCAUCAUGGACGAGGCCACGGCGUCUAUAGACAUGGCCACGGAGAACAUUUUACAGAAAGUGGUGAUGACGGCGUUCGCAGACAGAACGGUCGUAACCAUCGCACACCUGGUGUCCUCCAUCUUGGACGCCCAGCAGGUGUUGGUCUUCUCCUCAGGGAUCCUUGUGGAAAAUGACUCAGCGUCUCACCUGCUAGCACAGGAGGAGAGCCUCUUCAGUGUGCUACACCGUGUCCACACCAUCGUGACGGCCGACCUCGUCAUCGUGAUGAAGCGAGGAAACAUCAUGGAGUACGACAAACCCGAGACUCUCCUGGAGCAGGAGGACGGGAUGUUUGCGUCGUUCGUCAAAGCGGACAUGUAGACGGACCUGUGGACGGACCUGUGGACGGGCGUGUGGACGCACACAUCGCCGUUUGUUUGUCUUUCUUUUUUUUAAAGGAAAAACUUGGAGAUUUGACUGAACUCUGAUAAUCUGCUCCACCACAGAUUAGAUUUAAUCUAAUUUUUGAUUGUUUUCUGAUCUUGGAUUAGCUUCCGUUUAAGAUUAAAUUUAAAGAAAAUAAAGAAUCUUAACGUACGCUGACACUUUACUCGACUUACUUUGUCUUAAUCCACGUUUCAUGCUCCGGCUGCUUUGUCCGUUCAGGCUGCCGUAGAAAAACAAAAGUGGUGAUUCCCAAACACUGGGUCGGGCCCACAGAUGGGUCGCCGGAUCAUUUUUUGGGGCCCAGAAAACAAAUUUGCUUCAUUGUCCAAAACCUUUAGUUGAGAUUUCUGUUUAUGUUUGAAAUGACGUGAAUCAAACGUAGUUUGGAUUUCUAAUCUCUUUUUGUCAAAUCAAAAAGAGAUUAGAAAAAUGACAGCAUAAAAACAAAAUUAGAAUGAACUAAUUAUGUUAAUUAUUGCUUUAUUUGAUUGUUUUCUGCUGCAGAAUCAUAAUUAUUAACCCAUUUAUUGUUGUUUUCUGCUCCAAACCUUAUGAUUUUCAUGUUUUUCCAUCAGGUUUCUGUCGACGUGUGAAGGAAAAAAAUUCACAGUGAUUAAAAAUAAAAGUAUAAAUCGUG